UUUUUUUUUUUUUUGGUACCGAGCGGAGAGGAGCUGCACACGGCACUCGAGUGAGAGUGCAGCUUUCAGAAGAGUUGGAAACCGUAACAUCAAGACCGGGGGCCAAGCCUAUUGACCCCCAUCGCUGCUAAUUUCACACAUCUCAUUCAAGAGCCCACAGAGGGAAUCUGAUGUUGGGGACAAUGCGAGUCCAGAUACGCACAAGAUUUUGUUUCCUAUGUGUGCUCACCUUCAUCUACCAUCAGUCCAGCCACUGCCAUGAAGAAGGGCAUCAUCAGCACCAUGGUCAUCCCCACAUCAACCACACCCACAAUGAUCUGCAGAUUUCCGAGGCUCCGUAUGUGAGAAAAUCUACUCCAACUGUAGAGUCUGGAAGUCCUGAAGGGGCAUCUUUAGAGGAGGAACAGAACUUCUAUAUCCAGCAGUUGUUCAGGCGUUAUGGGCAGAAGAACAAGCUAGAUUUCCACGGAUUUCAGAGUCUCCUUAUUAGUUUGGGUCUGGGUGAAGUGAAAGUGGUUGGUCUGGAACAUGAUGAGCUUGGUCAUGACCAUGUAGCUCACUUAGACAUUCUUGAUGUGCAAGAGGGAUCUCACUCACACACUGAAGGCCACGGCCAUGACCAUCCACAUCACAAACCCAACUCCCACCAUCCACGCACAAAACAAGAUCCCACAGAGUGCACACCUGGUGCAUCAAAAGAACACUCCCGCAAACACAAUCACGAUCAUAAUCAUAACCACAAUCACCCACAUGAUGCACAACAUAAUCAUCAUCAUCAAAAGGAAGAGGAGAACGAACAUUCUGAUGAACAUUCGAGUGACAAACCUGAUCCUGUGCAGACAAAAAAUAACACAGAUAUUGCUCCCACCAACCAAGAACAGCUCUCUUCUUCCCAGCUUGACAUGACUCAUGUCAAUCAAGAGCUGCAGUCUUCUCCUGCCCCUAUAGACAGCAAGCCCAAGAAGCCAAGAAAGCCAGGAAGGGUCAGAGGACAAAGGGGUCAAAACAAAACCAUUUCACCUUUCACAUCACAGUCUAAUAAUCAUGAACACAAACACAGUCAUGAUCAUGGGCACAGCCAUUCUCACAAAGCUAAAAGAGAAGCACCAGGAGGACCUGACACCCCUGUAGUUCCGAGCCCUGUUAUGCCUGGACAUGCAAGUGGCUUGUCUCACCAGCAUGAGGAGUGUUUAAACCUGACUCAGCUCCUCAACUACUAUGGGCUGAGUCCUGAUUCCCUCAUCUCGCCAAACCAGUUUGCCUAUCUGUGUCCUGCCCUGCUGUACCAAAUAGACAGCCGUGUGUGCAUUCGCCAUUAUCACCAGAUGGACGUGGAGCAGAAAGCUUUGGAGAAUGUCAGCUCUGUGUGGACCUGGGUGUGGGGCUUUGUGUCCAUCACCAUCAUAAGCCUGCUGUCUCUGCUGGGUGUUGUUCUUGUGCCCAUCCUCAACCAGUCCUGCUUCAAAUUCCUCCUCACCUUUCUGGUGGCCCUGGCUGUGGGCACACUCAGCGGGGAUGCACUCCUUCAUCUGCUGCCUCAUUCUCAAGGGCAGCAUGACCACAGCGACCCGAGCCAUGGCACCGAUCUGGCAACCGACUUUGAUGGAGUGUGGAAGGGCCUGACUGCGUUGGCCGGCAUUUACCUUCUCUUCAUUAUUGAACACUGCAUCGGCAUGUUUAAGCACUACAAGGAUCGACAGGGCAUGAAGAAAGCGAGUAAAGACGGAAAGAUUGGAAGCAAGUUGUCCGAUCACAGAUUAAGUCACUGCUCAGAUGCAGAAUGGGUUCACUUGAAGGUGCUCAGUGAUGACCCUGACAGCAGCACCGUCCCCUGUGACAAUGAUCACAAUGACACUCAACUCACAGAGCUUCAGAUACUUGACUCUCCCACCAAAAAGACGCCACUGAAGGCUACAAACUCCAAGGCGUCACCCACGAAGGUGAACGGACACAAGGCCAAGGCGCACAGUCACGGACACGGCCACUCGCACGGUGGGAACUGCCACUCAGAUCAGGAGAUGAAGGACGCUGGUAUAGCCAGCAUCGCCUGGAUGGUCAUCAUGGGCGAUGGCAUGCAUAACUUCAGUGACGGCCUGGCCAUAGGCGCUGCAUUCAGCGCAAACCUCACAGGAGGCAUCAGUACUUCAGUGGCUGUUUUCUGCCAUGAACUACCUCAUGAACUUGGUGACUUUGCAGUGCUGCUGAAAGCGGGCAUGUCGGUGAAGCAGGCCAUUGUCUACAAUCUGCUGUCGGCCCUCAUGGCCUACGUGGGCAUGCUGAUUGGCACCAGCGUGGGCCAGUACACCGACAACGUCACCAGCUGGAUCUUUGCCAUCACAGCCGGGAUGUUCCUCUACGUGGCUUUGGUGGACAUGCUGCCAGAGAUGCUUCACGGCGACAGCGAGGAGCACAAACGCUGCCAGCUGGGUCACUUUGUCCUGCAGAACCUGGGCCUGCUGACCGGCUUCGCCAUCAUGCUGCUCAUCGCCAUCUUCGAAGACCGUAUAGUUUUCGACUUUGGCUUUUAGUGUUUGUUUUCUUCUUUCUUUUCUUAAAGAGGAAGAACGUGAAAACUGAAGUAUUAGUAUUCUUCUUCUGACAGAGUCGCGUUGAAACGACCCCGUGCCUCCAUUCCAAAAAUCUCAUGUUUACGCGCACGCCGACGUGCAUGCUCGUCAUCGUCCCCCGUGUGUCCGCGCGCACCUGUGGCGUGCUCGCCAUCAUCAUCCCUCAUCAGGACGCCGCGUCACAGCCAAGACCCGGCCACUGGAGCGGCGGCAACGCCACCUGAACCACUUUAAACCUUCACCGCUCGUCUAAAACACCUUUUUCUCAUCAUUUUUUUCCCAGUUAAAAAGUGGAACUUGUGUCAGUGGAACUUGUGUGUUUGUGUCACAAAAAUCCCCACUUAUGUCAAAUUCUUCUUGUUCUCCUUCAUAAUCACGCUCAUUCUUUUGCAAAAGCAGAUUUUUGGUUGUGUUGGAUGAAUAAAUAAAAGCGGGCUUUCUCACAAAAUAAAUAAGAAAUUUUGCAGAAUCUACCAACCUGAUUUAUUUUCAGCAAUUCUCUUUCACAAGUAAACGUGCAAGCUUUUUUCCAUUGAUGUCGACAUGACGUUCACAAGUUCCACUGACAGAUAGUCAGCGGCUUCAAUAAACACCAACAUUCUUACAAAAUAUGCCAUUCUGAUUUAGGUGCGUUUGAUUCGGUAACCAAGGUCGUGUUUCCUUAGACGGGUGUUGCGUCACAUCGGCAACUGUCCACGCAUUUUUAUCGUGAUGUUAAAGGCCUACUGAAAUGAGAUUUUCCUACUUAAAAGGGGAUAGCAGGUCCAUUCUAUCAAAAGCAGAUUUGUGGUUGUGUCGGAUAAAUAAAUAAAAGCGGGCUUUCUCACAAAAUAAAGAAGAAAUGUUGCAGAAUCUACCAACCUGAUUUAUUUUCAGCAAUUCUCUUUCACAAGUAAACGUGGAAGCUUUUUUCUACUGAUGUCGACAUGACGUUCACAAGUUCCACUGACAGAUUACUCAGCGGCUUCAAUAAACGCCAACAUUCUUACAAAAUAUGCCAUUCUGAUUUAGGUGCGUUUGAUUCGGUAACCAAGGUCGUGUUUCUUUCGUUAGACGGGUGUUGCGUCACAUCGGCAACUGUCCACGCAUUUCUAUCGUGAUGUUAAAGGCCUACUGAAAUGAGAUUUUCCUACUUAAACGGGGAUUGCAGGUCCAUUCUAUCAAAAGCAGAUUCGUGGUUGUGUCGGAUAAAUAAAUAAAAGUGGGCUUUCUCACAAAAUAAAUAAGAAAUUUUGCAGAAUCUCACAUCCUGAUUUAUUUUCAGCAAUUCUCUUUCACAAGUAAACGUGCAAGCUUUUUUCCACUGAUGUCGACAUGACGUUCACAAGUUCCACUGACAGAUACUCAGCGGCUUCAAUAAACACCAACAUUCUUACAAAAUAUGCCAUUCUGAUUUAGGUGCGUUUGAUUCGGUAACCAAGGUCGUGUUUCUUUCAUCUGACGGGUGUUGCGUCACAUCGGCAACUGUCCACGCAUUUUUAUCGUGACGUUAAAGGCCUACUGAAAUGAGAUUUUCUUAUUCAAACAGGGAUAGCAGGUCCAUUCUAUGUGUCAUACUUGAUCAUUUCGCGAUAUUGCCAUAUUUUUGCUGAAAGGAUUUAGUAGAGAACAUCGAUGAAAAAGUUCGCUACUUUUGGUUGCUAUUAGAAAAGCCUUGCCUGCACCGGAAAUACGAGCUGCAGGGCUCGACACAUAUUCACAUUGUUUAUAAUGGGAGCCACCAGCAGUAAGAGCAAUUUGGACCGAGAAAGCGACAAUUUCCUCAUUAAUUUGAGCAAGGAUGAAAGAUUUGUGAAUUAGGAUAUUGA